AUGGUCCCUGCCCUGCUGCUGUGCCUGAGCUUGGGCUGUGCAGCAGCCCUCAAAGCCACCUGCCUGUCAGCCCAGUUCAGGAGGCCAGGGGACUACAUCAUAGGAGGCUUAUUCCCUUUUGGGAUGGACACCAUCAACCUGACAACACGAGCAGAGCCCAGCUUAGUGGGGUGUGAAAGGCUGUUCCUGAAGGGGCUGAUAUGGGCUCUGGGGAUGAAGUUUGCCAUCGAGGAGAUCAACAACUCCACGACCCUGCUGCCAGGGGUCAGGCUGGGCUAUGACAUGUACGACACCUGCUUCGAGCCCCUGAUGGCCCUGCAGCCCAGCCUGCUCUUCCUCACCCGCAGGGGCACCAGGGCCAUCGGCGUGCACUGCAACUACACCGACUACCAGCCCCGCGUCGCCGCCGUCAUCGGCCCCCACCGCUCAGACCUCUGCCUGGCCACAGCCAAACUCUUCAGCUUCUUCCUGGUCCCUCAGGUGAGCUACGGAGGCAGCAGCGAGCAGCUCAGCGACACGGAGCUGUACCCAUCCUUCUACCGCACCGUGCCCAGCGACAAGAACUUGGUGGAGGCUGUGGUGCAGCUGCUGCACGAGUUUGGGUGGAACUGGGUUGCCAGCGUUGCAAGCGACGACGAAUACGGGCGAGAAGCCCAGGGGCAGCUCUCCAGCACAGCUGCGGACCACAACAUCUGCAUCGCCUUCGAGGGGCUCAUCCCCACAGAGCUGGCAGAGCCCAGAGCCCAAACCCAACUGGAAGACACCAUCACGUCAAUUAACAAGACCAAUGUCAACGUCAUCAUCCUCUUUGCCUUUGACAAGGCAGCCCAGGCCCUGCUGAAGCACAGCAUCAGGAUGGGACUGAGCAAGAAAGUCUGGAUUGGCACCGAAGCCUGGAUGUUCUCCAGCACCACUGCCUCCAUCCCAAACAUUCAGAGCAUUGGGACAGUCUUGGGCUUUAUCAUGAAAGCAGGCAGGGUCCCUGGCUUCCACAACUAUGUAGCUGAGCUCUUCACCUCCGUGCAGCAGGAGGAGUUCUGCCAGGAGUCCAGAGAAGUGGCCCAGCUGCUGGGCUCGGACACGCUGCAGAUGCACUGCCAGCCCUGCGACCACGUCUCGCUGGACGACGUCUGGCCCACGCUGAGGCUCUCUCAAAUCCAGCCAGUCCACCUGGCUGUCUACAGCGUGGCUCAUGCCCUGCACAGGGCACUGGGCUGCACCCACCAAGCCUGCCCCACAGCACCCAUCAGAUCCUGGCAGCUGCUGCACUUCAUGAACACCCUCCCGUUCCAGGUGAACGGGCAGAGCUUCAGGUUUGAUGAAUCCCAUGGCACAAACACGGGCUACAGGCUCAUCUUCUGGUCCUGGGAGAACAGCAGCCUCACAUACCUGCCUGUAGGGGAGUAUGAGGGCUCCUUCUUGGACAUCAACAGCUCCCUGAUUCGCUUUCACACUGCAGAUCAAAAGGAGCCUACAUCAGAGUGCUUCAGGCAGUGCAAGCCAGGGCAAUACAAGGAACUCAAAGGGUACCACCUCUGCUGCUACGACUGCACAGACUGCCCAGAGAACACCUUCUGGAGCCGUGAAGAGAGCCCCAGCUGCAGCUCCUGCCAGGCGCAGCAGUGGUCCCCGGCGGGCAGCACGCAGUGCCUGCAGCGCAGCGAGCACUACCUGCUGUGGAGCGAGCCCCUGGCCGUCGCCCUGCUCACCCUCACGGCCAUCACCGCAGCCCUCACCUGCCUCACUGCACUGCUCUUCCUCAAGAACCUGCAGACGCCGCUGGUGAGAGCUUCUGGAGGCAAGCUGAGCCUCUUUGCCCUGCUGGCGCUGGCGCUGCUGUGCCUCAGCUGCUGCCUGUACGUGGGGAAGCCCAGCACGGCGCUCUGCAUGGCGCAGCAGCUGCUGCAUGCCCUGUGCCUCACUGCCUGCUUCUCCACCUUCUUUGUCAAGUCCCUCGAGAUCACCCUGCUGACAGAGUUCCCUCGCUGUGCCCCCAGCCUCUUGCACUGGGUGACCCAGAGAGCCUGGCUCCUGGUUGCCCUGUGCCUCCUCGCCCAGUGCUCCUUGUGCCUCUGCUACCUCCACCUGGGCCCCGACUCCCUGCUGGUCGAUUACAAGUCGCUGCCCCGGGAGGUGCUGCUGGUGUGCCACACGCAGUCCUGGGGAGCCUUCACCCUGAUGCAUGGCUACAAUGCCUGCCUGGCCCUCAUCUGCUUCCUGGGCACCUUCAUGGUGCAGACAGCUGGCAAGAAGUACAACGUUGCCAGGGGCAUCACGUUCGCCAUCCUCAUCUACUUCAUCACCUGCAUCUUCUUUGUGGCUUUUUUUGCCACGCUGAAGACAGCCCUCAGGUCUGUCACUCAGAUCUGCACCAUUCUGACAACCAUCCUGGGGAUCCUGGGGACCUACUACAUCCCCAAAUGCUACAUCAUCUUGCUUAAGCCUGAUCUGAACACAGAGGAUUACUGCCAGUAUCCCGUCAGAGUGGAGCCAGCAGAGGACUCAGCCAACAGACAAUAA